UCCAGUGUAAAUCACACCUAUGCUCAACAAUUGACCCAGAGAAGCCUCAGGAAAAACACCAGAUGAGAUACCAAACAUUUCCUGCAUAACUAUACGUACAUACCGUUCAAUAAAAGGUAAAUAUGAAGUGUAAAAAAAAAAAAAAUCCAUGUCCUUGUCCUGAUAAACAUAACCUUCUGCAUCCACUAAAAAGGAAUUUUAUUUUGAAAGUAUAAUCACAGGAAGUCUCUUUGUUGGUCACUGUUGCUCUCUUCACCAACCUGGAGGAUUUGGUCACCGGCUCGCCGCGCCUCCGCACACUCAACCCACCAGCUGCCGUCACUUCAGUUCACAUCAGGAGGUGAGCCCCGGGCUCCAGACUAAGUGCUAGCCAUGCUGCGGCAGUCCGAGCCGACUACCAGCACCCUGCACCUGGUUGCCAACGAUAUGACCGGCAUCAUGGAGAAGCUGGACACCCGCGAGCUCGACCUGGAAGAUGGAGAGUACGACACAACGGACGGCAGCGCCUCAGCGGAGCGCUUGCCGUUCUCUGCCAUCUACCACACAGUCGGAUUCAAGGAGCCCGAGGCCAAAGUCUUCCUGUCCUCUCCGAUUACCGCCAAGAUCCUGGAGGUGGAGCGGUUCACCUCGGCUCAGGACCGCUUCAACGUCACCACACAGAGGAGCGUCAACAAGUCUAUGCCGGCGGUGUUUAAGAUUGAGCUGAAACACGGGGAGUUCACGUGGCUGGUGAAGAGGAAAGAGAAACACUUCAUGGAUCUCCACAGAGAGCUCCGGACGUACAAGACCUUCAUGAGGCUGCCGCUGCCGUCACGCAGUCACACGGUGAAGAGGCAGACGGUGGCGAGGAACGAGGUGAGGGAGAUGCCGGCCCUCCCCAGAGGAAGAGGAGAGGAGCUGGGCAGAGAGGAUCAAGUUUCCAGUCGCAGGAAACAACUGGAAGAUUACUUGAAUAAACUGCUAAAGAUGCCGAUGUACAGGAGCUACCACGCAACGAUGGAGUUCAUUGAUGUCAGCCAGCUGUCCUUUAUCCACGAUCUGGGACCAAAAGGCUUAGAAGGAAUGGUGCUGAAGCGAUCCGGCGGCCAUCGGAUCCCCGGGAUGAACUGCUGUGGUCGCAGCAAAAUCUGCUACCACUGGUCCAAACGCUGGCUGGUGGUGAAGGACUCGUUCCUGCUGUACAUGAAGCCCGACUCGGGAGCCAUCUCCUUUGUGAUGUUGGUCGACAAGGAGUUCAAGAUCUUAAUGGACUCCAAAGACACGGAGACCAAACAUGGCGUUCGCAUCGACAGUCUGUCCAGAUCACUGGUGCUGAAGUGCAGCAGCUACCGACACGCCCGCUGGUGGGGUCAGGCCAUUGAAGUAUUCAUCAAGAAGCACGGCUCGGCCUUCCUCACCGAUCACCGCUUCGGAUCCUUCGCCAGAGAGGAAGUGAACAUCCCCGCCAAAUGGUAUGUGAAUGGGAAAACAUACAUGGAGGACGUGGCCGACGCUCUUGAAGAAGCCAAAGAGGAAAUAUUCAUCACAGACUGGUGGCUGAGCCCGGAGAUCUUCCUGAAGAGGCCAGUUGUCGAGGGCAACCGCUGGCGCCUGGACUGCGUACUGAAACGCAAAGCGCAACAAGGCGUGCGCAUCUUUGUGAUGCUGUACAAAGAGGUGGAGUUGGCUUUGGGCAUCAACUCCGGAUACAGCAAGAGAACGCUGUUGCACCUUCACCCCAACAUCAAGGUGAUGCGUCACCCUGACCACGUCUCCUCAGCAGUCUACCUGUGGGCGCAUCACGAGAAGAUCAUCGUCAUCGACCAGUCGGUGGCCUUCGUUGGUGGGAUUGACCUGGCGUACGGUCGCUGGGACGACGGGGAACACCGUCUGACGGACAUUGGGAGUGUUACACGCGCACAGCUGGAGAAGGCUGGAGUUGGCUCUUCCAGCAUGGCUUCUCCGGCCAACGGCAGCAGCACCGUUUCCCAUGACGACAAGAAUGGCGUUUUUACAGUGGCGGACUCAGUGGACCAGCCAAAGCUGAAAAAUUAUGGCAGGGCGAAGAGGAUGUUCAGCAUCAGGAGACACCUGCAGAAACACGGGCUCGCUCAUGCUAACAGCGACAGCGACCUGGAGAACGAAGAGAGAAGCGGCUCAGUGCGUAGUCUGCAAACGGGGGUCGGAGAGUUGUUUGGAAACACGCGGUUCUGGCACGGAAAAGACUACUGCAACUUCGUGCACAGGGACUGGAUUCAACUGGACAAGCCAUUCGACGAUUUCAUAGACAGACACACAACUCCCAGGAUGCCUUGGCACGACAUCGCCUCAGUGGUUCAUGGGAAAGCAGCUCGGGAUGUGGCCAGACACUUCAUCCAGCGGUGGAACUUCACCAAGCUUGUGAAGCCGAAGUACGGUUCUCUGUCGUACCCGUGUCUGCUGCCCAAGUCUCACACCACCGCUGGAGAGCAGCAAUACCAAGUCCCCAACUGCGUCCGCACCAAAGUGCAGAUCCUUCGCUCAGCCUCUGACUGGUCCGCCGGCAUCAAAUACCACGAGGAGUCCAUCCACAGCGCCUACGUCCACACUAUCGAGAACAGCCAGCACUUCAUCUACAUAGAGAAUCAGUUCUUCAUCAGCUGUGCUGACAACAAACAUGUUUUCAACAAGAUAGGAGACGCUAUUGCCAAGCGCAUUAUCAAAGCAUAUAGGGAGGGAACGAGGUACCGGGUGUACGUGGUGACGCCUCUGCUGCCAGGCUUUGAAGGAGACAUCACCACCGGAGGGGGCAGCGCCAUCCAGGCCAUCAUGCACUUCAACUACAGGACCAUGAACAGAGGAGACCACUCCAUCAUCUCCCAGCUCAGGAGAGAGAUGGGAGACCAGUGGAUGAACUACAUCUCCAUCGCCGGUUUGAGGACUCAUGCUGAGCUGGAGGGAAAGCUGGUCACCGAGCUCAUCUACGUCCACAGCAAGAUGCUCAUCGCUGACGACAACACCGUCAUAAUCGGUUCUGCAAACAUCAACGACCGGAGCAUGCUGGGAAAGAGGGACAGCGAGGUGGCGGUGAUCGUGGAGGACUCCGAGACGGUGACGGCGGUGAUGGACGGGCAGGAGUACCAAGCUGGAAAAUUCGCCCUGCAGCUCCGACUCGAGUGCUUCAAGACCAUUUUGGGCGCUCACACAGAUCCCUCCAUCGACGUGUCGGAUCCCAUCAGCGACCAGUUCUACAAGGACGUCUGGAUGUCCACCUGCGCUCGCAACGCCACCAUUUACCAGAAGGUUUUCCGUUGUCUGCCGUCCAGCGAUGUCCGUAACAUCCUGGAGCUGGAGGGCUACCUGGCCAAGUUGGGCCUGGACAAGGAGGACCCGGCCCGGGCUCGCGAGGAGCUGAAGAAAAUCCGCGGCUUCGUGGUCCAGUUUCCUCUUCAGUUCCUGGCCGAUCAGAACCUGCUUCCUCCCAUCGGCUCCAAGGAGGCCAUGGUGCCCAUGGAGGUCUGGACCUGAGACAGAGGGACUCCCCUGUGCAUUCAUGUGUUCAUGCACAGCAUAUGGAGGGCGUACAGGUGGAUAAAACCCACUCUGGUGUCAUUUUGGAAGUCCUGUUGGCUGAAAACUGGCUGCACAGCCUUUUUAAAAUCAUGGCAAAAAAAUCCGGUACUGUGGUUUUUUGUUUGUUUAUUUGUUUUUUUAAUUCCUUUAAAUUAUUUUUAAAGGUAACAAAAACAACAAACAGUAGUAUCUGAUAAUAUCUAUUGUAGGACUUGUAGUCACUAAAAAGGUUUUUACUUUAGCUGUGUACUAAAGUGGUUCUCAACCCCUGGUCAGUGGACCUGUACUGGCCUAUCAAACAUUUGGUGCGGGGCUGCGAGGAUACACUGUGAUAAUGGCCACAAAAAAGGAAUAAUAAUUACAACUGGAGUGUUUCUGCAGUGAAAACCUCUGAACUUCCCUCAUCAGUCGCCGACACGCUCACUGCUUCAUCAUACUGGUCUGAAAUAAAUAAACAAGAACUCUAGAGAGCGGAGUUCCUUUGGAGCAGGCAGGAGAGAACAAAUGUUUGGUUAUAAUAUGCAAAUGUGUGACCUAUUUAUAGCCUCACUUUUAUUUUGGUCGCAACAUAAAAAUGGUCCACAGUGCAAAAGCAGUUGGCAACCCCUGAUUCUUAAAGGAAAACUAAAAUUGGAGCACGACCGUUGGCUCUUUCAGUUAUAAUAAUGUUGUAGUUACCAACUUUGUUGAUCUGGGCAUCAAACACAAGCAAGAUGAUGACAAACCUCAGAAUUAAACCAAAAAAACAAACUUUUACCCAGAAUAUCAGACACAUAUUGCAGUACAACUUUGACCUUCUGUACUUACUGAAGCUGUGCACUCACUUUCAGUUUGACUUCAGUUUUCUUUUCCUGUUGCACCUAUUUUUCAAGCAGGUUUGUAGCCACAAACCAAGGGUUCAACCCAAAGGGACCAAUAUUAAUAAACAGUAGUUUUCCAUUAACAUAAUUUUUGAGGUCACAGCUGCUAAUCCUAGGGAAAAUUGGGUUUAGCUGCAGCCUGAGAGGAAGCUCAUCCUGUAAGACUGAAACCAGAGCUGAAAACGUUCUCAUUAUUUAGGAGCAGAGAAUAAGAGACGGUUUAAUGUUUCCUGACUGAAUUAGCAGCCAAAAUGACUUCCAAAAUGGCAUCAGCUGCCUCUGUACCAGCAGCAGUGCCACUGAAUGCACAUGAAAGACAUUACACGCGCUUAAAUAUCACAGACACAGUGUCUUUGGUUUAACAUGGACUCUCGGAAGUGAGAUGUACAAAACAAACAUGAAGAGAAGCCGACGGCGCGUUGAACUCUUCAGUGCCUGACAACUCGGGCCUCGUGUUUACAAGGAAUAAAAGGAAGUGAUCAACUCUGAGUUCUGACACGCCUCCUCCUGGCCUCUCGCCACCAAACUAUUACUCUGUUAUCGCCUCUUUUCAAACGGCUUGCUUCUUCAUUUAGUAACAACACUAUGCAACGUUCAGGGCCGGCGAACGCAGCUCUGACUCUUCUGUGUUGAGAGAGGACGGUUUUGUAAAGACACUAAAGGACACUUUAAUGAAGACAGCAGGGGAUGAAGAGGAGGGGAUGAAGAGCUGGAUGGCGUUUUCUAAAAACUGUGUCUCAUAUCUCUGAAACCCUGCUUUCAAUAUUUAUGUCAAACAGGAACUCACAAGUGCCAAAGAUGACGGGCGUUAGCCUGAUGUUAAAAGAGUACAUACAUUCAUUCACAUUCCUCAUACUGUGGAUUCUACAUUAAGCCUUAAGUGACCUGUUUUUAUGCUCCGACAUCGUCUUUGUAGUUCCUUUCGGUAACACUUUAUUUCACAGGAUUUCCUAAUCAUUUCCUGGGAUGUUUUCUGGAGGAAAAAAAAUACUAUAAUUUGGUAUUAAUUACAGUAAAUAUUAGUUUGUUAGCCAUUUAUUGUGGGAAACUUAUUUUAAUAGUUUGCCUGUAGACAAAAAACAGUCUAGUUAGUAGUUAUUCAGGAUAAAUAACUGAUAUUGUGUACAAGUAAUUAUUCUUCCCAGGAAACUGCCAAGAAAUUAGGGACUCGAAUAAAGCCUUACUGUUGUUGUUAUUUUAACUACAUAACCCACAGAUUCAUGCAUGAUAAGUCUAUUACAAUGCUGCGUUUCAUUCACUGUCAGAAGGUGGAAAUUCUUAACCAACAUCCAACUUUAUAUAAGCAGGCAAUAUAAUGCGUGUUGGACAAAAUUUAAGGUUGUACGUGCACAUUUUAUUACACCUUUAGCUCCUGAAUGUUUAACUAGGGGCAACAGAACAAACUGCAAGCUUCACAUAAGUUGUUGAAUGUGUUUGUAAACUGUUUGCACAUCAAGCAGAUUCAUGUGGAGACGUGUUCGUGUCCGUCUGAUGCGUGUAAGUCCAAUAUUCUCUGGCUUUUAGCUCUGGUUUUGGUCUCCACCACCUCCUGAGGGAAAUAUCUGGCCCAUAGAUGCUAAAUACUUGCUGAUGAGCAGGUAGUGCACAGCAGGUUUAACAGCUCUCAAAACAGCUGCUUGCUACAUCUGGAAACAACGCUGAUGAAAGCACUGAGACUGGGCCAAAGCUAGGAGCUAUAAGAUGCUUAAAAAGCUCAGUAGUGCUGCAGAGUUUGUGAUAAUUCUCUGUGGGAUAAUCACUUUGAGCAGCACCUUUCAUAUUACAUUUGGUUUAUUGGCUAUCGUUUUCAAAAAUGGAGAAUAUAUAGUGGACUUCGAUUCGCAAGAUGAGUGCUAAUGUCGCUCUGUAUCUGCUAGAUGAGUAAAUAAGCAUAUCAACGCAAAAGAUGAUGAAACAUCACAUUUGUGUUUCCUGUUGGUUUCUAUUGGCCGGUUUAAGAUACUGAGGAGUGCAGCUUUAAGAUUUUGUCGUGCUAAAGUAUACCAGUUACUGAAUCGUUAGAAGCCGUGCUCUGUGUAGCCUUCAUGUUGUAAACUCCAUUGAUUUCCAACUUUCCAACAUUUCUGGAACGCAGCAUCAAUGUUCCUCAGUGUCUUCCUCGUUCGACUGUAAGUGAACUGCAUGAUGCUGUUUUUGUGCUAUAAAUGUUACCGAGAGGGGAAAAAAAACAAGACCGAAGGCGUAGCUGACCGCAUGACAGCAGCUCGUUGCCAUUAAACCUUACAGAUGAAAAGCAUGAAACGUGCACGCUGAAGGGUCGCCUUUAAAGCCAUCGACGUUAUUGAUGCUAAACAGUGUGCCUGUCUGCACGUUGUGGGUCUGCACCUGAAAUGUCUCUCUGUUGCUGUUAUUUAUGGAAGAUGGGAUCUUUACAUGUGCUCUUCUUUUCAUUCUUUCUCUCUACCUCCCUGUGUUUCUACCUCCUGCUCCAGUGCAUGUUUGUGAUGAAUUCAGAUUUAGACAAAAAGAAAAAAAUCAGGAUGCAGCUUCCCCCAGAUUUAACCAGGUGAAGUACUGUAGUCUGAAAAGGUAAAUAAAACAUUGUAGUGAGCUCUUACGUGCAAUCCCAGCCUGUUUACAUCUAAAAAUAAAUAAAUAAAUACAACUAUAAAGAGAUUUUAAAAAACUGAAGUCUCCUUAGAGAGAGAUGAGUUCAUCAGCAAAGAAGUCGAUUUGGGUGGAAAUGGUUUGAAAAUAUCUUCCAUGAAACCAGAAUAACUGACUGUAAACCAAACGUGGAUACAGAUAUUGUUUCAAAGCUACUGUUUCUAGUGGGAACAGACAUGCAGUGCACAUGGAUUCAUUCCAGGUGUAAAUGAGCCUUCAAACCUUCCAACGGUGGCCUCAUUGUUCCUCUCACCUGUCCUGUCUUUUCGCUGUCUGGCUUCAGUCACACGUGUCUCUAUGAAAAUGCACUAUUUGCACAGACUGUUGUUUUCUUGUGGCGACCCCUUAAAUGAUCUGCAGUACCACGUCAUGUGUCGCUUUGUGAAAUGAUGGACUAAAUAAAUUAUGUAUUGAUAUGGCAUUAAAAACGAUCUUCAUGACUUUA